GUGGCUGGCACGGUUCGAGUUGCGAGGCCGGCAUUGUCGGCGGGUCAGAGGACGCAGCGUCACACUGGUAAAGCACCAAUAUGGAGCCAGAUGCAUCACACGCUUUGCCCACUACGGCAUCGUCAUGUGCGAUCCGCGUGGUGGUUCGUGUGCGGCCGCUUAGCCAGAAGGAGAAGUCGUCGGGACGAGGUCCCGUGGUGGAAGUUACCAAGAACUCGGUGCAUGUGCGACAACCAUCCACCUGCGAAGACAUCGACAAUGACACGAAUCCACCGCGAACUUUUGUUUUCGACCAUUGCUACGGCAAUGCGCUGUCCACAGGGAAUGACGACCGUGUCCAGGUUGCGCUGUUUGAGGAGAUCGGGCGGGACAUCGUCGCGAACGCGUUCGACGGGUUCAACUGCAGUGUGUUUGCCUAUGGACAGACGGGCAGCGGUAAGACGUACACCAUGGUGGGCGACAAGUCGGAGAACGGCAAAGGUCUCAUUCCGCGCAUAUGCGAAGCUCUCUUCGACGCAAUCGACAAGGCGCGGGCCAAGGACAGCUGCUCCGAUGACCAGCACAAGACCAUUUACAGCGUUCAUAUGAACUACUGCGAAAUUUACAAGGAAAAGGUCAAGGAUCUAUUGGAUGACUCCAAGGCACCACUGCAUCGACCAGGAUCGCAGCCGCUGUCAGCAGUCGACGUCGAGUGUUCGUCCCGACCACUCAAGAUCCGCGAACAUCCUGUGCAUGGUCCGUUCGUGGAGGGAUUGAUCACGCGGCCGGUUGGUUCGUAUGCAGAGAUCGAAGAAGAACUGGUUGCCGGGCAAAAACUGCGAACGGUCGCUGCGACGCUCAUGAACCCCACUUCGUCUCGAUCGCAUGCAAUUUUUACCAUCAUGUUCACCCAAACACGAGUGGACCCCAUUACGUUGAGUGCCCAUGAAAAGACAUCCAAGAUUUGUUUGGUGGAUUUAGCCGGAUCCGAGCGAAGCGACACGUCCGGCACGUCCGGAGAACGUCUUAAAGAAGCAUCGAUGAUCAACAAGAGCUUGUUCACGCUGGGGCGAGUGAUUUCGUCGCUGGGGGCCAAGGAGCGCAUCCCAUAUCGCGACAGCACACUCACGUGGCUAUUGAAGGAAUCGUUGGGCGGGAAUGCAAAGACAACGAUGCUCGCGAUGGUGAGCCCGGCGUCGGAAAAUUACGAUGAAACUCUAAGCACACUGCGGUACGCCGAGUCGGCGAAGAAAAUCGUGAAUCGGGCUGUCGUGAACGAAGACGAAAACGCGGCCAUCAUUCGGCAACUGCGCCAACAAAUCGAGGACCUCAAGGGGCAGCUCAUGGGCACCAUGCGCCGACGUAGUUCCGAAACCAGUGCUGGUCUUGUCAAAUCCUUGUUGGAGCGUGAAGAAAUGCUCGGUCAGCUCCAGCGGGAUGCGAAGCGGCAGGAAAAGUGUCUGCAAUUGCCAAUCGCGCACCCAAGUUUGAUCAAUUUGGAGGAAGACUUGCUCGAAAAUGAACCGUUGGCUUACGCGCUGGAGCCUGGCCUGACCGUUCUUGGGGCUGACCCGACGGUGGUACUAGGGGAGUCCGCCGUGACGGGAUCUCCGCGAUCGCUACAUCGAGACUCAUUUUUAGAGGGUGUGGUCCUCAACGAAGCCGCGAAUCCUUCUGUGCAUCUAAUCCAUCUGACACACGACGCUGCAUCUCUGCUUCCAGUCCACAUAAAAAUCCUCAACGACAACGGUUUUAUCACGCUCGAGCCGUCCCCAUCGGCCCUCGUCCUCGUCAAUGGUGCGCCGAUUGAAAACUUUACACCGCUCAAGCACAGAGACCGCAUUCAACUAGGCGCCUCGCAUGCAUUUCGUGUCUUUGUUCCUUCGGAGGCUCUUAGUCGACGCCACACGGCCAAGACUGAUACUCAAAUAGAAGAAGCGAAUGCCUUGUGCAUUCAAGCAGAUAUUCCGUAUCGAUUCCAGCGCGAGGCGACAAGCGACGUGUCCAUUCUGUCUGUCGAUGGAAAAACCGCUGGGAUUACGUGGGAGCGACCAUUGUUUCUGGAGCGACUACAAACGUUGCGCGCGUACAACGCAGACCUGAUAGAAAAGGAGACGUUGAUCUCUAUGUUGGGUCUUCCUGCUGUGUGCGCUCCCCCAACGGGUGAAGUGGACGACCCAGUUGAAAAGGAAGCCGAAGGAAAUACUCAAGAAGUCGAAAAUACCUGCCACGAAGAGACACCACCGACGGCAGAUCCAGCACAGAAAACAAAUCAAUCCCCCCAUCUGACCGUGGAAAUUCCACCUUUGGCGACGUGUUUUAAGAAUGACCCAGGGGACCCGUUUUUCCAGAUCCGAUCAAAUACUAUGCGAUCGAUGGGCCAAGCGCGACUAUAUGUUGCCUUAGACUUAUCAAGCGUGGUACCGACGUCGUGCCCUACCAUCGACAGAGUGAUCACGGUUUUCGACCCCGUUGGCUUGCACAUGGCGUCCAUAACGCUGGAGCUCGUGACGGAAAUUUACAAAGCAGUACCAAAAAGCCCAGACUUGGUCCAACAUACGAUCAAAGUGUCGUGGAAGGAACUGCGAUUCCACACGGUCCAGUCUCCCGAAGGAGUGUACAUUUCGUAUUACGGGUGGGGUGUUCCUCGUUCCAAUCAGGGAGCCACGCCGAAAGCAACAAGCUCCACGGGGGUAUUUGCAUUAGCUCAUCGAAUGUCGUUCAACGUUCAUGCCCCGAAACGUCAGCCUCUCAUCGAGGUUUUUCGUGAUCAAUUCUUGACCUUGGACGUGUGGGGCUGGGGUAAAGUCCCCGCGUCACCACCGUCCGUGCAAUCGUCGCCGUCGUCCGUGCUGUCGUACCUGUCUGAACCAAGUAGCGCAACUCCUCCCAGCCGAAGGCGGCAGUCCAAAGUCGACGUGUUUGUGUCCGUCGAUGUCGAAGAGCGCAUGCCCGAUGGGUUGUACGCGCCUGUGACGGUGAAGGAGGACGGAACGUUGCGACUAUCACAAUACACGUCGAGGCGGCUGGUUGUUCGAGUCGUGCAAGCGGACCAACAGCCAUUUUGCAUUGGCUCGAUUGCUCACAUUCGCAUUUCCCCCCAACAAGCCAUUGGACACUCGAAAAGCGUGUCACAGUUCGAAGCGGCUUCGGCCUUGGGGUCGGCAACGCUUGGAGGAUUCUUCAAACGCUUUGGAGCAAAAGAAUCGCCAAGGCCAUCGAGUGAAGACUGGGCAGCGUGGAUAACCUUACCGCUUCGAGGCCCUGUUCAAGUCGAUAGAGAAGCGCGGUCGGUCGUGUCCGUGAUGAAGUGGGACGGCAACGCUCGUGAAACAGUUGACAUGCGAGGCCAGCGCCGCGUGUAUCGCAUUGCGUUGGCCCUCGAAACUACCUUAUCAUGUGUGCCAGUGGUGCUAUCGACGAAGUUUACGGCCAAGGUGCUGGUAAAGAUGAAAAAGGAGACGGCGUGGUGGGCUCGUGAGCAAGUAAGUCGCAUGCAUCGCUUGGGACACUGGUUCUCCGUGGAUGUUGGCCAAGAUAUGACUCCUCCGCAUGAGGUUGUCGCGGAAAAACUGCUGGAUCAUUACGGAAAAGGCAUGGAAAGGUUGCACGCAGCGUUCAACCUCGAACGAUAUCGACAGCAGGUUGCAACUGAAGCAGCUCUGCACGGCGAAGAAGGCUUGCUUCGAGUGAACACUUCUCCUGGAUUGGAAUUUGUGCUGUCCCAAGUGUCAGGAGAGUGGACGAUUGCAAGCGCGACCAGGCAAGGCGCCGCGGUCCACGUCAUGUCUGGGGUUGAGAUGAAUCAACCAGCGACGAAUGCAUUCAAACACCACAUGACUCAUACAAUUACCUAUCCGUCCCAUUUGGACCCGUUCGCGGGCGAAUUGAGCGGGUACCUCAUGCUCAGUAUGUCAGCGUCGUCAUUGUGGAAUCGUCGGUGGUUUGUGCUUCAGCGCCCGUUACUGUAUUGCUACAAGACAUUCGCCAAGAGGGACAUCAUCGGGGUACUCGACAUAUCCAAAUGCACGGUCGCGAUCGACAAAGACGCCCUGUUUCCUUUUUCGUUUCGCGUGACAAGUUUGGUGGAGAAGGCUCCAAUCACAUGGCAAUUGCAAGCGUCCAGCGCAGAUGAAAUGAUUGCGUGGAGAAAUGGAAUAGCCCCUGUAGCUUUGGUCGAAGAUCGAAAAUCGAAGUCCUAGCUUGUAUGCUCUGCAAGAGCCAUUUUUAACAGAAAACAAUGACGUUGUAAUGAAAACUAUGAGCGAAAUAACUCAAAGCAG